AUGAACCACUAUUCACCACCCCAUGAACCACACAGAUCCAAAACUAUUUACCAUCCCACAAACCACACAGAUCCAAAACUAUUCACCGCCCCACAAACCACACCGACCCAACCACACGGAUCCAAAACUAUUCACCACCACAUGAACCACACGGAUCCAAAACUAUUCACCCUGCUCUUGCACCGCACGAACCACACAUUGCCAGUUAGCAAUGCUCGCUCCUAUCCAUUAACCACCUCCACCACCACCCCAAUCACUGUCGAGGACGACAACCACAGAGUACCUGUGCAGCUGCUUUCUCCUGUUGCCGAAAGGGAGACACUCACCAAAUUCACACUCGAGGAAUUCAAGGGUCAUGUGCAAGACAAAGAUGGGUUGUCGAUGAUGGUCAUUGGAGUUGAUGCCGGUUCCUGGCUCCACUCAGUCUGCACCCCUCAAUAUCUUCCAUUCGUGCAGUCCAGGGAGAACCCUGAGCUGUGCCGCACAUUGAUGUAUGCACUUGCUGCCCUGGCCAGUGCCCCUUUGCAUGCCCACUUUGUGUUCGGUGGAGUAGACCGUCCUGAAAUUUGGACAGCGCCACCCUGGAUUGUAGCAUGUCUGCAAGAGCUGCUGCAGAUCUUCGUGUUUACUUGGUCAAUGGCCAACCACGAGGCUGAACGGGAGCUUGCCUCCUUAUCCAAAGCUAACAAAAUAUGUGCUGUACUGACUGAAGACAGCAAAACAUUUACGUUUGGUGCCAAGCGAGUCAUUCGACCUGCUGCCAGGAUUGGUAGUGAAAUCAAAGUCGAUGUGUACCUGAACCCCGCUACCCCUUCAUCUGAUGGUGACGAGCCUUGCGGCCCUUGUUUUACAUCAACCCAGCUGAACCUCAUACAUCUUGCUAGCUUUUGGUUUGGCGCGUUAUAUUCUUGCGUGCUUUUUCUCCCUGCAAAUGGACUUUGUGGGCCACCACCAAAGCUGUCUUUCUGCAUCAACUGGCAACUUGAGAUUGACAGUGGUGUGUCGGCCUACAAUCUCACCAUCCUUGCCCCAUCUUUCAUCAUGGCCAUCAACCAGGGCCUUCAAGCAGGAUGCAGCGACAUUUGUGGAUUCUCGAGCGUGCAUGACGCUAGUCAGGCACCUGACCAUGCAACCUGGUUUCAAGCCGAUGGAGGGGUCAAUGUUCCUACCAGAGUGUUUAAAACGAACCGCGCCCUGAACAGGUUCUUGACUUCUUGGACCAUGAAACGCCUCCGUCAGUGA